AUGGCCGCCUCUCCCACGGCGUCGUCGCGCCGGAGCCCGGCGUCGUCGGCGGCGUCGCUCAAGCCCUCGGCCGACGCCCAGCCCCAGCCCGCCAUCUCCAUCGACACCCUCGUCAACCACCUGCUCGUGGCCAAGCGCUCGCUGUCGUCCAUGAACCUCGUGCUGCGCGCCAACGAGGUCGCCACGGCCGCCCGCAACGCCCACGAGGACAGCGUCAUCCUCGCCGCCCAGAACCGCUUCCUGCGCGGCUCCAUUGUCGACCAGAUUGCCAUCCUCAUGAGGGUCCGGCGGAGCAUCCACGCCACCUAUGAGUGGGGCAAGAAGGACUUCAAGAAGCUCAUCAGGGCCAUGGACGAGGUCGACGGCGAGCUGGCCGCCACCAUGGAGAUGCUGCGCGGCACCGAGGUGCAGGACGACUUGCGUCCGAGCGGGGGCGAGAGGCGCAACCUGCUGGACUUUGUCGACGAGACUGGCGUGCAUGCGAUGAGGGAGGCCAUGAAGAAGAGCAUCGAGGAGUUUCAGGGCAUCCAGCAGUCUUUUGAUGGAGACUUGCUUCGCUUCGAGACCGAUAUCCGCAACCUCAAAAAGGUCAUGGCCGAAUUCCCCCUUCCGAGCCCCGACAGUGACGGUGCAGCGAACAGGACGCCCAUGGCUCAGCUGCUGCUGACCAUGGACGACCACUCGUCCACCAUGGCCCAGCUCCUCACGUCGCUGACCAAGCACUUUGACAUGUGCGUGACGGCCAUCCGCACCACCGAAGGCGCCGCCGCGCUGGCCCGCCGCAAGGCCGCCGAGGUGACGCAGUCGCAGGACAGCGACGGCGUGUCCAUCUCGGGCGUCAUUGCCGAGCAGGAGUCGCACAUGUCGGACCUGGAGCCCAAGACGGCCGAGGACCGCGCCGAGAUGCUCAAGGUCGUGAUGCAAGACGCCGACGAGGUCGACGACGUGGUGCGCGAGAUCCAGGAGCGCCUGGCCGCCAUGGAGCGCCACUCGGGCGCGCUCGAGGAGCAGGCGCACGACACGUCCCGCGCCUACGCCUGCAUGUCGGAGGCGUUCGCGGCGCUCGCCGACAUCGGCGACCGCCUGGCCGACUACCUGGCGGCCGAGGAGGACUUCCACGAGCGCUGGGAGCUGGAAAAGGACGUCGUCUUCGGCCGGCUGCGCGACAUGCGCGACAUGCGCGACUUUUACGAGGGCUACGGCAGCGCCUACGGCAGCCUGGUGCUCGAGGUGGAGCGCCGCCGCACCGUCGACGGCCAGGUCGAGGCCUACUGGCGCAAGGCGCGCGAGGGCGUCGACCGCCUGCUCGAGGCGGACCGGGCGGCGCGCGAAUCGUUCCGCCACGAGGUGGGCGAGUUCCUCCCGACGGACCUGUGGGCCGGCGUGCAGGGGCCGGCAAAGAGGUGGAAGGUUGUGCCGGUGGACGCGGAGGACGAGUGCGACUUGGCCACGAGCGCGACGGACAAGGCUGCCUGA